ACACGCGCACACGCGGUUUGCGAGUAGACUCCGACCGGAAUCCGGAAUAGAGGGCCCGUUUCCGCGCAGAGAGAUAUAAAUGCCGAGGAAGGUUGCGACAACAUUACAAAGAAGUUGUGAAAAGAAUUCACAAAUCGCGCAACGCAUGCGAUGGUGCUUUCGAUGAAAAGCAAGGCAAAGUGCACAAAGAGCACCACUCGUCGUGGCCACCCCCUAAAACUGAGUCUCGAAGUUUCGGGCUUUUCUUUUCAAAACGGAAUACAUUCAUUAUGCUGCUGGUGGUGCUGUGCUUGUCGUGAGAAAGAAAGUCAUUUGUACAAAUGUUUGCCUUCUAUCUUUCGGUCGUUUGCAUUGUACGGCCGAGAGUCUACUUCAUCAACCCGGCAGCAGCAGCAGCUCAUACAUAUUGAUGCGCGGUCGUUUCGCACUGCUUCGUGUGUAUGUAUGGGUCUGCAAGCAUAAGCGCCAUUUUGUCGGCACGGAAUGCGGGUUUGUCUUGCCAUUUGCUCUCGACAACUCGUGAAAAGGGUCGUCGGCAGCGUCGUCGUGCCAGUACCAGAGAUUUCAUGAUUGUCACACUCACGAAUGGGCCAACUUCACUUUAACGCUAAUACAAUUUCAUAAUCAAGAGCAUGGAAAUUUGUGCGGAAUGCGGGGAGUAUAAUAUGUACGCAGCAUCCUUUUAAGGUCACAUGCCUCUACUCAACGAUUCAGGGCAGUGAAAGAGAGUUGUGGCUGGUUAAAAAGGUCCUGGAAUCUAUGAAUGAUUCCACCCCAAAAUGGCACUGCAGUCAAUAGAAAUGGAGUUCUUCGUCCGUUUGGACUCCUCUUGCUCGUCUCUUUGCAGUAGCGGACCCAUGACCUAGCAAAUUAGUAAUCCGAUUAUCGGCACCGGCCACCGGUACCACAGUUCAUCAAUGAUGCGCGAUCGGGCACUUCAAGGAGAUCGAAUCUGCGUGUACCAUUUCCAUGCCCAUUAGACACAUGGGACCGUCCUAUCUAUCUCUCUGUCGCUCUCUUUUUGCCUACGUCACCACAGGCUCGUGGCAUCGUGGCACCGCUUGCUAAGACUUUCCAUUUUCCCCUGCAACCUGGGUGUACAUAUUCGUUUUGUUUUCGCAGUAUUUCUAAUAUUCUGAUCUAGUCGUCGUCGUCGUCGUCGUCUGUGCUGUGAAUCUGUGGGGUUGGCAAAGAACUGGCUGGCGGCGACUGGCUGCCAUUUGCAGCCCAUUUGCGAGAGACUUUCACCGAAUGUUUCCGCAAAAGUGUCACUCCCUUCCACGCUCUCCCUCCACCAAAACACAUCAUCACACGUGGUGCGAGCUUUUUUCCCUUCGACAAUUUUGCUACCCGCUGUCCUUGGUAUGGAAUAAAAACAAAACAACUCCAAAAAAGACUCGCGCGAUCGGAAGGAGGCGGGAGGCGAGUGAGUUUAACAUUGUUCAAUGUCGAAAUGUAACGUUUCCAGUGCAGUCUCCCACUCUCUCUCUCUUGGUGUAAAAGUAUAAGCAAAACGAACCACGGGCAGCGGUCGUGUCAUGGUAAUGUUGAUUCUUUAAGCAUAUAUAUAAAUUAAUAUAUAUAUAUAUUUGUAAGCAACCGUAACAGAAGCGUACGCUCGGACAGGGAUUAACGCGUGGGUUUAGAAUGGUUAUAGCAUAGCCUAGGGGCAGAACUCGCUCACCGUCACUCGUCAUAGUCAAAUCGAUCGGAACGCGUAACAUGAACAUGCGAGAUGUGCGAGGUAUUUGUUAGUCCGAGAGGAAGCAGUUGCUGCUCAAUCUAGACACUUACACGUACGCCACACCAAACACACACAUUCAGAGCAACAGAGACAACUGAGAACGUUUGUCGUCGAGUCGAGAAAUAGCGCGUAAACGAAAGCGAAGAAAAGGGAAUGCCAGCAGGGAGUGCAACCCUCCAAUCUCACCAAAUUCAGCGGACAGCAGAAAAAAACCCAAAAAACACACACACUCAUGGAAAACAGAGAGCAAACAAUGGAAGGCGAAUGAAGUGGGGAAGGCUGGCAUGGGAGAGAAGAAGAAGUAAAACAAGAUGAUACAAACUAGAUGUCAAAUUCGAGAAAAACAAACAAAACACAUUAUUAACGUGAAGAAGAUGAAGAAGAAAAAGAGAUAAGCGAGCAGAGGAGAAGCAAAAGCAAAACCACAAAGUACAUUUCUGCACAAGUUUAACUGGUGUCUACUAGCACAAACGCAAAACAAAGCAAAUUAUAAACAUUUGAACCAACUGGUGCACGCAACAAGCACCCGCUCCCUUCCUAUUCCUUCCCAUCAUCCUUAUAGCACCCAGUUCCCGAGCUGUGUCCUCUCUCACCUUCACACCGUGCACCUUGUCGUUAGUAGGUAUCCUUAGAACCGCGCUACCGAAAAUACCGGAUGCUUAGCAAAUGCUGCUUAGCUCAAACACUUAAUACUGUAGAAUGGUCCAUUCAGGGUCGGCGCCAUUACAGAGGCUACACAGCUUGCAGUAGCCGUAUGGCGAUCGGUUGAUCGCUGGGUGUCAGAUGAUCGGUAGCCGCCAAUAGGAGGCGGAGAGCUUAAAGAGCUAAUACAGCGAACCCUCUCACCAGCCACAGAGAUAGCCAUUAUUCCAGUGAGCAUAGAGAAAAGAGAAUGCAAACCAGCUGCAAGUUAAAUCAUACCAGGAAUGGUUCCCAAGGACACUACACAAAAAACGCCUCAUACGUCACACAACCCCGCGCACACACUCACCCCACACCCCACACCGCACACCCCUCCCAUACUCUUACUCACGGCAAGAAGAACGACUUGAUGAUGAGCGUGUAUGCAAACCUCCUCCCUCCUAAGCAAAAGCCAUGCUUAACAUGUGUAAGGAAAUGUUUUCCUCCAGCAAAACGAAGAAGAAGAAAACGUAUUUAAAAGCGCAAAAAAAGAAGUAAAAAAAAACGAAGCGAGACUGCUGCUAUAAUAGAACCCUUUCUACAUCCAUCUUUCUCCUGCCAUGUCCAUUUUUUCUCAUCUCCG